CUGUUAAGAAUCAGUACAACAAAAGUAAGAGAUUUAAAAACGUCUUAGUUUCAGUUGAAAGUAACAGUAAAGAUGAUUGUUGUCUUAUUUUUUACUUUCGUUUUUGUUGUUUCUGCUCUACGUGAUGAAGCCUGUAAAAUCGAUAAUGAAAUAUUUACUGGAUGUGGAUCGGAAUGUAUAAAUUGUGAAAAUUAUAAAAAUAGUCCAGAAAUCUGUCAGGAAUGGUGCAGCGUUGGAUGUUUUUGUAUGAAAGGUUUUUUAAGAGCAUCCGAUGGAAAAUGCGUUGAACCAAAUAACUGUUACACAAUAAGCAUGAAAGCUGUUUUCGUAAUUUUCGCACUCGUUGUUGCUGUGUCUGCCCAGUUUACAAAGCAGGAAUGCCAACUGGAGCACGAAGAAUUCGUAACAUGUGGAACUGCAUGCCCAAUAACUUGUGCAAAUUACAAUAACCCACCAACAGUUUGCACCCUUCAAUGCAUAAUUGGAUGCUUCUGUGAGAAAGGUUAUUAUAGAGCAUCUGAUGGUUCCUGCGUAUUGAAGGAAGAUUGCUUCUAAGAAAACUCGUUGUUUUUGUAAAUAUAUUUACAAAUAAAUUGAUUUAAGUUCUUUCAA